AUGAAGUUUUCGACCCUUUUCUUUUCGGCACUUGCGUCGGCCGCAUUUGCUUCCGACGUUGUUGAUCUGUCUUCCUCUGCCGACGAAUUCAACAAGUUUAUCAAAUCUAAGCCAAUUGUCCUUGCAAAGUUCUUUGCUCCCUGGUGUGGCCACUGCAAAAAACUCGCUCCUGAGUAUGAGACUGCUGCCACCGCUCUCAAGUCUAAGGAUAUUGCUCUCGCCGAAAUUGACUGCACCGUCAAUAAGGAUCUCUGCUCCUCGUUUAAGAUCCAGGGAUACCCAACUCUUCUCAUCUUUAGAGGUCUCGACGAACAAAACCCCUACAAUGGUGGUAGAACCUCCAAGGAUAUCGUCAAUUACAUGGAGCGUGAGCUGCUUCCUGCCUGGACCAAUGUUAAGGCCGACAAUGUUGACAAAUUCCUUGAUGGUGAAGACGAAGUUUCCAUCCUUGGUCUUUUUGAGCCUAGCGACAAGAAGUCCAACUCUUCUCUCUCUGCCAUUGCCAGACAAAUGCAUCAUCAAUUCUCUAUUGGUCUUUCCUCUGAUAAGGCCGUCUUUGACAAGUUUGAAAUUGAAACUCUCCCAGCUGUUAUCCUUAACCUCAAGACUGCUGACGAGACUAUUGUUUUGAGCGAUGAUACCGAUCCCAAGUUCUCUCUGGACCCUGAAUACAUUCUCGGCAAGGCUCUUUCUGCCCAGAUUGUCCCUGCUGGUGAAAUCUCUCCUGAGACUUUCCGUGGUUACAUGGCUUCAGGUCUUCCUCUUGCUUAUUACUUUUACAAUGAAGAAGCCGACAGAGAUGCCAUUCGCAACGAGAUUCUUGAGCUUGCCAAGGAGGUCAAGGCCGACCUUAACAUUGGUUUCAUUGAUGCUAAGGCCUUUGGUGCCCACGCUCCUAACCUUAACCUGAACGACAAGGAGUUCCCCGCUUUUGCCAUCCACGACAUGAAGGGCAACUACAAGUACCCCAUCCUUCCUCAGGAUAAGGUCCCCACCCCUGAUGAGAUUAUCAAGCACGUUCGUGAGUUUGUCGCCGGCAAGCUUACUCCCAAUGUCAAGAGUGAGCCUAUCCCCAAGAAGCAGGAUGGUCCCGUUCAUGUUGUUGUUGGCAAGUCCUUCAAGGACGAUGUUCUUGAUAACGACAAGGAUGUUCUCGUUGAGUUUUAUGCACCCUGGUGCGGUCACUGCAAGAACCUUGCCCCUACUUACGAGGAGCUCGCUUCUCUUUAUGCCAACGAUGCUACUGCCUCUGGAAAGGUUCGCGUUGCCAAGAUUGACCACACUGCCAACGAGAUCGCCGGCCUUGAGAUCCAGGGCUACCCUACCCUUAUCCUUUACCCUGCUGGUAAGAAGGACUCUCCUAUCCGUUACGAGUCUGGUUCUCGUACCCUUGACGAUCUGAGCGCUUUUAUCCGCGACAAGGGUACCCACGGUGUUGACAGCUCUGUCCUUAAGAAGGCUAGCAAGAUCAAGACUAAGAAGAGCAAGAAGUCUAAGCGCUCUAAGAAGGCCAAGAAGGCUAAGAAGGUUGGAGGCGACGAGUUGUAA